AUGCCCAACUUCUCUGGUAACUGGAAGAUCAUCCGAUCGGAGAACUUCGAGGAUUUGCUCAAAGUUCUGGGGGUGAAUGUGAUGCUGAGGAAGAUCGCAGUGGCUGCAGCGUCCAAGCCAGCAGUGGAGAUCAAACAGGAGGGGGACACUUUCUACAUCAAGACCUCCACCACCGUGCGUACCACGGAGAUCAACUUCAAGAUCGGAGAGGAGUUUGAAGAGCAGACUGUAGAUGGGAGACCCUGUAAGAGCCUGGUGAAAUGGGAGAGUGAGAAUAAAAUGGUCUGCGAGCAGAGGCUGUUGAAGGGAGAGGGUCCCAAGACCUCCUGGACCAGAGAACUGACCAACGAUGGAGAGCUGAUCCUGACCAUGACGGCGGAUGACAUCGUGUGCACCAGGGUCUAUGUGCGGGAGUAA